GCUGCGCUAUCCUAUUGGCUAUUGGGACAAAAUUUGCUUGAGCCAAUCAAAGCGCUCCGUGGACAAUCGCCGUUCUGUCUAUAAAAGGGUGAAGCAGCGGCGUUUUCGGCGACUUUCCCGGUCGCUAGGCAGGAGCUUCUCUCGGUGACUACUGUCGCUGUCAUGUCUGGCCGUGGCAAGCAAGGAGGCAAAGCCCGCGCCAAAGCCAAGUCGCGCUCGUCCCGCGCUGGCCUGCAGUUCCCGGUAGGGCGAGUGCACCGCUUGCUACGCAAAGGCAACUACGCGGAGCGAGUCGGGGCCGGCGCGCCCGUCUACAUGGCGGCGGUCCUCGAGUACCUGACCGCCGAGAUCCUGGAGCUGGCAGGCAACGCGGCUCGGGACAACAAGAAGACGCGCAUCAUCCCUCGUCACCUCCAGCUGGCCAUCCGCAACGACGAGGAACUGAACAAGCUGCUGGGCAAAGUCACCAUCGCCCAGGGCGGCGUUUUGCCUAACAUCCAGGCCGUACUGCUCCCUAAGAAGACGGAGAGUCACCACAAGGCAAAGGGCAAGUGAGGCUGACGUCCGGCCCAAGUGGGCCCAGCCCAGCCCGACCCGCGUCUCGAAGGGGCACCUGUGAACUCAAAGGCUCUUUUCAGAGCCACCCACGUUUUCAAAUAAAAGAGUUGUUAAUGCCGGCUA